UUAAAAUUGUCAGUGUCACAGACAGACUGAAUGGAAUAUUUAUUAUCAGUGUUAUUUACUGGUUGGAAGAAAUCGCUUUGAAAGUAUACUUGUUUUGAGCUGGAUCUAAUUUAAUAUUUUACUGUUUAUUCAUAAGUGACCUGCUGUUUUAAUAACCAUGUACAAAAUACUAUUGGCUUGCACACGAGCCUAUCAAAAAAAGUUAUAUCCGCUAACUUUAUCAAACUGUUCGUUUGGUACAGAGGCGCCUGAAAUUUUUAGAGGUGUAAUAGAUAGAUACAGAGGAGUUACAAUUGACCUUAAACAAGAGAAACCCGAGCAGAAUAUUUUUCUUCACAAACUCAAAGAGUCUUUGCUUAUCUGGGGUGCAGAAGGAUAUAGAUGUAUAUGGUUCAAGGUAGACAUAAAAGACACUUUUUGUGUCCCAAUCUUAGCAGAUAAUGGAUUUAAUUUUCAUCAUGCGAGAGAAGACUUUGUCAUGAUGUAUAAAUGGCUGCCAAAGGACUCAAAACCAAACCUACCCCCAACCUCUCAUACAAAUUUAGGAAUUGGUGCAAUGGUGUUCAAUGAUAAGAACCAACUACUGGCAGUAUCUGAGAAACACUAUGAGUAUCCUCACUGGAAACUCCCUGGAGGCUAUGUGGAGAGAGGUGAAGACAUUAUACAUGCGGCAGCACGAGAAGUCAAGGAGGAAACUGGGAUAGUUGCAGCUUUUGAAUCAAUCGUAACAUUCAGACAUACGCACAACAUGAUGUUCGGUAACUCUGACAUACAUGCCAUUGUUAAGAUGAAAGCCUUGACAGAAGACAUAAUCAUCUCUGAAAGGGAACUCAACGUUUGCAAGUGGAUGCCUGUUGAUGAGUACACCUCACAUCCUCUCGUAAACAAGUUCAACCAGAAGAUGGUCAAAAUGGCUUUAGCGUACAAACAAAAGAAUCUAAAUCUCGAUUUCCAGAAGCAGACGGUGCGCUGGACAGCCAGUUACAUAAGAGAUGUAAACUAUUUAAUUGUUACAGACAAAGAUUGAUACAGAAAUAGCUCAAAACUUAGUACUAGUUUUAAUAUAAGUUGAUAUCAAUUCAAUGUUAAUUUUAAAUGGGUACUAGUUGUUAAUGUAGAUAAUUUUUUAUCUAAUUUAUAAAGUUGGCAUGAUUUUAAUAUCUUACCAUGAAUUGCAGCGAACUCAGCCAGAGCGUAAUUUAUAAUAGAUUAGACAAUUGACAGUAUAUGUAUGUGUACUAAAUGAUGAAUGGCAUGUUUUGAUAGCGUGAAUAGCCAAGUGGUAUCACCAAUGACUCCCGUACGACGUAACGCGGUUUCGAUAUCCUCAUAGGGUACAAUUUUAAUUAUGGCGUCCACAAAUAUUGGUCCAAGUCUUGGUCCCCUUUUUUGGCCUUAUCUUGGUGCAUGCCAUUUAAAUGCUGAUCAAACCGCAAAGACCCAGGGAUUCAUUCAUGCAGCAGUAGUGUUUUAAUUUAAUACAAAAGACAGAUUGAUAGUAAACUGAAGAAAAUUUACUUAAUCAGACUUGUGGACAAAAUAACAGCCGUGAAUCAACAAUAUAAAAUAUUAAUAACAAAUAAAUAAUUUCUUCCAAUAUAAUAUAAUGUUAACUAGGAAACUACACAGUACAUUUAGAAACAAGUACAAAUCAUUACAAAUGUAUAUACAGUAUUGUGAAUAGGUAUAAUUUAUCUAAUAAAAUAUUUGAUGGUUA